AUGGUGAAAAACAAAGUCAUUAUGGACGAGGAUGAAGAAGAAGAUGUUCAAGAAGAAACCUCUUCCAUAGCAGAAAUAUCCAACAAAGAGAACGAAAAGGAAGAAUCAGAAACGGAUGAGGAUGAAGAGGAGUCUGACAAUGAUGAUGAUGAUGAAGAAGACGAGGACGAUGAAGAUAAUAAAUCAGGUGUAACAACACCACUGAAUAUAUUGGAUGACAAUGAGAGCAUUGCUAGUAGUGCACAACAAAGUAGCACCACUUUGCAAGAGGGAGAGAAUUUUCUUCCGACGAACAUUGAUGAAGCUGUUCUGAUGGCAAGCAAUACUAUCAUCAACACAGAUAAUCUUCAAUUUAAAAAACCUGCUCGUAAACGGAAAGAUAAAGCCGAUGAAGCCAUUAAAAAGGUACUCAAGAGAGUGGAAUCUGCAUCAAUGAGUGGCGACGGAAAGAAAAAGAAGAAACGAUCUCACAAGCAUACAACAAACGAGUACAAACCAUAUACCUCAAAUCAUGUUCCAAUUGUGAGAAGCAUUUCGUCUGCCAAUGGAAGCUAUCUGGUCAUUCCCAAUGACGUCAAAAACAUUUCAGAAUUUCUCUUCACUCGACCGACAAAAAAGACCAAGAAUUAG